AUGGAUGACAUGAUUGAUAAAGCAGGAUCUUUUAUAGCGGCAGCUGAGCAUUUAAUGAUGAAAUGUAAUGCUAAAAGAGUGUAUGUGAUUGCAACUCAUGGAAUCUUGAGUGGUGACAGUUUAAAUGAAAUAGAGAAAUGUAAAAGCAUAUAUCAGUUGGUGAUCACAAACUCGUUCCCAGUUCCACAAGAGAAACUACUUAAAAGUUCUAAACUUGUUAUAAUUGAUGUAUCAGCUACUUUAGCUGAAGCAAUUAGAAGAACCCAUAAUGGUGAAAGUAUUAGUUAUUUGUUUUAUACUCCAUUGUAA